CCUGGAAUUCGCACCUGUCGUGAUUCGUCGUUGACCUAUUUACGCGGUGUUGUCGCCAUUUUAACGCAAAAUGGCGCUUGAUUGUGGGCCAAGAUGUUUAUUAUUUUUUGCAGUAUUAUUCUGCAUAGUCAGCUUAUCUGUGCAACAGUGUAAAUACCCUAAAGAUUUCCAUGGUGACUUUUAUUCGAUGGAGGCUGGUCGGGAUACCACCAUUGUGGUUAGUGCGAACCAAUGGAAUCACAUGGACUGUGUUAAUCUCUAUUUACACAACAACACUUACCGAGUGGCUGGAACUAACGCAACUAUGCUCGCGAAGAUAACCACCCAGGAUGAGAAUGGGAAUUCCAAGACCUGUUUGAGAUGUCUGGAUGUGCUGUGGCGGACACCUAAUAUUUUGCAAUACAGACAAAGUGAUUGCUACACAUCUAAUACUGGUUUUGAAGCUAUGUGCACUGGUAUUGUUGAGCUGCCAUCAGUUUCUCAAGUCAUCACACUGUUCAGACAAACCAUCAAGACGGUAAACUGCAUCACCACGUUUGAGGGUGUGUUUCAGUUUAAUUACGAGGUGAGUUGGGGCGGCGGCGGUAUCUGUGCCAACCGUGAGAGUGUGAUCGAGGCCUGCCAAGACCCCGGCUCCUCGUACGUUGACAACGAAGUGUUUCUCAUGAAGUUCAAGAAGUGCCGAGAGGUGCAGACGUCUAAAACAGAAAUCAUCAGGUACCAGUGUAUGGGAAGCUGGUUCGCCAUGUUAGGAGGUACUGGCUACACAUUUGCUGCCAUUGCCGAUACUGUGGAGAAGGACAGGAGAGAAAGAUUUAAAUGUUUGAUGACUCUGAAGAACGAAAAGGCUCCAGACAACACCAUUCGAUGGACCAUGUCCCGGUUUGCGGAUUGUGGAAAGCUCAACACCAAUUACGAUGGACCUGUUCGACUGCAGCUACGGAGAAUUCCGCCCCUUACUGCUCACAUGACAUCCAAGUGCAACCUUCCACGGAACAUCUCGGGCGAGUGGUUCACGCAGGGCCUGCAGUUUCGGUCGGUCGUGACAAUCAACGACACACACAUCCACUACGAGACGCAGAAGAACGCGUUUGAGUAUGAGGACAUGUACCUGUCGUGUCAGCAGACGCUCGGCACGCGUUUCCUCAUGACCAAGGUCAUCGUCGGAAAAUGUGAGGUUGACUUUGUCUGCUAUGACAUUCUCCCCAGACAUCAUGGAAUUGUCAGAUACAGAGUUGGCAAACCAUCUAGACUUACGAAAGACGAGCUGGCUGAUCCUAACUACCUGGAAAAGAAGUUCCGCGAGGCUUGCAGUUGGAUGUCCUUCACCUUCAACCGAGAUGACACGGAUUGGAAAUAUGAAGUGCUAAUCUUGAAUCCACCAUCUCCAUUCCCAUGCCCAAUAGCUGGCCGCUACCAGUUCAAACAGAAUGCUCAGCACUGGAUGGAAGAAUACCAGACACGGAUUCGUGGAGUGACGGACCGACCCCGAGUACAAGUGGACUGUCGAAUCACGGUCUCCGAGUUCAAGUCUUGCAGUCAGGACAAGUCAAAGAUUGAGAUUGAUGCAGAGUACUGCGAAUCUGUGGACUACAGGGGAAGACCUAUUGGAGAAUAUGAUGAGCCUGACCACAUCCUGACAUGUGUUGGUUACUGGAUGGAAGACAUGAAGUCCUAUCUGAUCACAUAUGAUGAGGAAGAUGCUGUUUCCGAAUUCCGAUGUUGGGUUUAUGAGCGGUUCAGCUGGACGGAUGUUCAUCUGUCGCGCGCCCAGACUGCCCGCUGUCCUCGCGAUCAGAACGCCAGCUCCUACAUGAUUGUCGGAACCGGACUUAGUAUGGAGCUCUACGAGAAUGAACGACUCUAUGAUGACUGUCCCCAGCGAUUUGACCCCGGAACUGACCCUUACAGGAAACCUACAGUGAUCUACGUGCUCAGUGGGGCAGCCUCUCACAGAAACAACUUCUCACUCACACUGUCAGUCAUCUCUGUGGUCAUCGGGAUGAGGAAGAUUUUGUCAUGAACUUGAUUUCAUAACUCAGCAUGUACUUUAUCAUUUGGUACUUUCAUCUGGACCAUGGAAUCAGAUGUACAGAUACAUCCCUAAAUAAAUAUUAAUAUUCAUACAUUAUUCUGAUAUCUCACCUAUUUGAAUCCUUGUCUUAAAGAACAGAUCAAUUGGUUUGAUCCUUCCAGCAGCCAGUAAGGCUAGAGUUUUCCAGCAGCCAGUAAGGUUAGAGUUUUCCAGCAGCCAAUAAGGAUAGAGCUUUUCAGUAGCCAGUAAGGCUAGAGUUUUCCAGCUGCCAAUAAGGCUAGAGUUUUCCAGAUGCCAAUAAGGUUAGAGUUUACUAGCAUGUUAAGGGAUAAAAUAGAUGAGAUAUCAGGUUAGGAAAGGAGGAAAUGUUUCCCUCGGUUUAUUUUUGGCAGGUUUGGGGUUGUACUGGAAUGAAAGCUGACGUCCAUGCCUUAGUUUCAACCUGGAAAUCUCACAGUUUGUGGUAUUUUUUGUCCAAGUAAUGGAAAGUGGCUAAAUGACAAAAAUAUUUAUUAGUCACGGUGAGCCAUGCGUGAGUUCUGUAUGGUUGAGGUAACUCUAUGGAAUUUGUUUCAAAUAUUAAACUGUGCGGAGUAUAUUUUAAUGAUAAUUUAAAAUAUAUCCUAUAUCACUGCAUAAAGUGUGACAUAAAAUGUUACAGAUCAAGAUCGUUGUACAGACAUACAAUGUGCUUUUGGAUGAACAUGAUUUUUUAAAUUUUAGUACAGACCAUGUUUUUAACCAUUCUUAUAAACAAUGAAAAUGUAAUGUAAUGUGUCUCAUAUUAACAUGCAGUAAUAAAUGUAAGUAAAAAUUGCAGUAAAUCAAAUGUACAUUGACGAAAUUUAGGUGAAGGUAUACAGAUAACCAGAUCAGUUUGAGCUAUGUCUAGCCUUGACAGAAAGUGCUAUUUGUAAUAAUUGGCUGAAUGAGUUUUUAUAUAACUUUAUAAUCAGUCAUAUUGAUCUUUUUAAUAUAAUUUUUAUAGUGUCGUAUACGAAGUGAGAUAUGAUCAUUGAAACUGAAAUUAUGUGAUUCGGAAUUGCAACAAGUUAUUUUAUUCAGCAUUUCCUAACUACUAGAUUGAGUUUACAAAAGCCCCAACAGGCAGCUACUUCUAUAAAUGAUUACUUUUGUUUUCUUCAAUGUACUUGACAGGUAUAGACAAGAGUACAGUAUGAUUACUUACACACAGAAAGUCACGUAACAAGUGUCUUCUGCGAACAAAAUAUACAAACGUCUGUGACCUGUAACAUUACUUGAUCCUUUUGUAGACUAUAUUGCUGGCAUUUUAGAAAGAAUGUCUGGGCAGUAACCAUUAUAUUCAAGUGGUUUUACAAGGUGUGCAGUCUUUAAUAACUCUGGUGUUCUCUUGUAUCUACAUGUCUGUACAAAGAAUGUGAAAUUUAUUGUUUUGAUUUUAACUUUUUUUAAACUUGUUUUUAAAAUUUACAAUGGAAAAUGGAAAACAACAGUGAGAAUCUACAAGUACAUUCAUGUCAGAAAUAAUGUCAUAUUUUUAAUUCUACAAAUCAUUAUUGUUUUAAUAUUUAAAAGUGAAUAAUACGCUGUCAUUUUAUUACCGUAAAAUUAAUCUAAUUCAUUAUAUGCCAUGCACAUUUUCAUUAAUGUACAAUUGUGAUAUUGUUUUGGUUAUAAAUCUGAAAAUAUUUACGCUAUCAGUUACACUGUUUAAACAAUACAGGGCUAGCUCUGUGUCUCACUAAGUUCUCAUUUUAUUUCUUGAUUUGUUGCAAUCAUUUCACAGCACAAUAUUUCACACGAACCAUCAUUCAGUUGACAUGUCGGUUUGGCAUGUUUAAAAUCACGUGAAUUCCAAGUCACUUAAGUGGUAACUUGUAACACAUUCAAAAACGUUACUUUAUCCAGUAUCGAGGAAACUGUUCUUUAAUGGUCUGCAAUAACUAUCAUAUUUUGUCUUUUAUUUUGCUUAAACUUACACUAUCAACUGAAAAUACUGUCAUUUACAUAGUUAAAUGCAAGUUAGGACUAAUGCAUUCAGUUUCACAAAUAUAAUUCACAUAACUGAACAGUCUAUUACCUAACAAAUAUUACAUGAACUAACAUCUGGUUACCUAAGUAUCCCCUAUAAUUUCAUAUAAUAAUUGAUCCCUUUUGUUUUUUGGAAAAUAACUAGGUUUCUGCAACUUUUUGAGGUUUGAUAGAUAAUCUGUGAAAUUUGCAACACCCAGAGCUAGCCCAGAAAUCCAUGUAUUAUGUAUUGUAAUUAGUUUGUACCCAAGAGCACAAUGUAACAUGCAUCACAUAAUUCUUUGUACACAUAAAAUAGUCAUAAUCUCUCUGUUGGGCUGUGUGUUAUUAAAGAAUAUUGUUCACAGAUAAUCUGAAAUAAACACCAACAACGAAUCAAAGAUGUACAUAGAGAUUGAAAUAGAAUCAUGUGCUUAUAUUAGUUUGUUUUAGGCAGUACGUAUUUACGUAUUUGAGCUGUAUAUUAUACAAAUACUGCUAUAUCAGCAGUAUAAUGUAGACUGAACCUAGAAAAUAGGGAGACCUAGACAAAAGGUAAUUUUGGAAAUGUUAUUCUUAUAGUAUGAUAUAAUACUAGUACCCAACCAGUACUGUAUUGGGCACUGGACACUACACUUUGUGCCUGGACUAGAAUAAACAAUGUCAGUUUUGUUUUACUUGUUAUUACUAUAUAAUUACUUUUUAGUCAUAAACUAAAUGGGCUAGUGAAACUAAAAUAUAAUAGUUAUGUUGGUAACUUACAUUAGGUGUUCUUGUAUCAAGGGGUGUGUACUUUCCUCCACAAGAUCCAUGCAUUAAAAGAUAGCAAUCUACACAAAAUCACUUCACAAAACCCUUAAAACCUUAGUUCACGACUGCUCCAGUGUUACAUGGAAAUAUAUUAAAUAUAUUUGUGUAUGAUGUUAAAGUAGUGAUGUACAAUGGCCUAUAGGUUAAUUUUAAUGAAGGUUUUAGCCGAUUCUGAACAGUGAACGAAUAAAAUGGGUGUUUUUUCUGACCUCACAUGAGAUGCAUAAUGUUAAAUCACUGCUAUUGGUUUGAUACCAUCUGAUUGUUACUUUGAUACUAAGAGGAGAACCGUGUAUUUCCAUUACUGUUUGCGUGUUUUGUGGCUUCUGUUUUUCAAGCUGGAAUCAGAAGAAAAGGUGUAAUUUGAGCACUUUGAAAAAUAACAUCAGAUAUAUUACGAAAUAUGUUUUAAACUGAAUUUAUAUUAUUUUUAAUAUUUGAUCCAAUGUAGUUCAUUUAUAUACUAAACUGCUUACUUGUUUAUAUAUUUUUUUAAAGUAACAUUACAUUUUUUUAAUUCAUUGUACAUAUUUCAUAAUCCAUAAACUUAUAUGUAACAGGCAUUCCAAAUUAUCCAAAUUUUGUACAUAGAUAAUUGUAAGCUGCAUACAUUCCACUUAUACAUAUCUUAAGCCAUAGAUUAUAUUGUUGUGACCAUGAUGAUUUAUAAUAUAUGUGUAUACAUUUGUAAACGUGUAUAUAAAUCUGUACUUGUAAUAUUUUGAUAAACAUUUCUUUUUUACAGCA